GAACCCGGCACACCGACUUACAUUAUUAUUUUAGUUGUAUUCUAUCUCAAUACAGCAAAGCCAAAGCAGCCCCUCCUCUCCUACCUAACUGUUAUCGCCAAACACCACCACUAUCACCACUGCCACCACUACACCCAACUAUACGAUGCGAAUGCGAAUAUAACCAUACCUAUCAAAUCAAAUCAUAUCAAAUGCUUCACUCGACAUGGCUUUCAACUUCAACUGGUCGCCGCUUACGGCCGACGCCGACUUCUAUAGAAGAGCGCAGGAGCUUCUUACCAACGCAUUAAACAAGUCCCCGAAACCUCCUAUAAUCGUCGAUGAUAUCCUCGUCACCGAACUCAACCUUGGCUCCGUGCCUCCCGAGCUGGAAAUCUUGGAGAUUGGAGAUUUGGCCGAGGACAGAUUUCGCGGAAUCUUUAAAAUGUGUUAUUCAGGUGAUGCAUUCUUAACACUGCGGACCCGAGUACAAGCAAAUCCCCUGAACACAUACCUGUCUGCCAAGCCAACUUUCACAUCACCACAACCCUUAGCGGCGGCAGCAAGUCUCACGAUACCUCUAUCCAUUACCUUAUCGGAGAUCAAGUUGUCCGCUUUCAUUAUCUUAGUCUUCUCGAAGCAAAAAGGUCUUACUUUGGUAUUCCGAAAUGAUCCGCUCGAAUCCCUCAAGGUCUCUUCGACCUUUGACUCGAUCCAAUUCGUUCGAGACUACCUUCAGAGAACGAUUGAAGGGCAAUUGCGAAACUUGAUGAUGGAUGAGCUGCCGGCUAUAAUCCACAAACUGUCGCUACGACUCUGGUGCCCUGACCAAUUGCCUCGAGAAGAAAUGUCGAAAGAAAGUCCGGAAGAUGAGGCUGUUGUUGACCCCUUCGCCAACCCACCCCCAGAAGCGGUUGAUUCGAAUGGCCAUGUGCUCGAUGCGAAUGAGAUUGCGUCAUUGUCCUUGCAUGGUGGCUCGGAAUUGCAGUCUCUAUUUUCGCAAAAGAACCUAUUGAAAUUAGCAGCACUGAAUGAUUCCCAGCGGACAUUAUCACUGUUCACUCCCGGGAUUCGUGAUGUGUUAUUUAGAGCUUGGGCUGGAUCAAUGGACCGCAAUGAUACCGGCUACUCUACGCCGAUCAUGACACCCAGCCUAAUGCGCACACAUUCUGUACAAGGGGCCAGCAACACGUAUACUUUCACCGAUGCAAGCAGCUUAGACCAGGGCAGUCUACCGUCUCGGCCAUCGUUAACGAGUCUUCACACAGCCACGACCGGCUUAGCCCUUGGUGCCAGUAGGCAUUCCAGAGGUUCCCGCAAAAAGAAGACACGGGUGGUUAACCUACGGCGCACAAAAACCGGAAGCGAGGCAAGCAGCGACGUUAGUGAGACUAUGUCGUCGGAUACUACUUCCAUUGCUGGCCCCUUUUCGGAGCCAAUAUUACCCCCUUCGAUAUCGGAGGAUCCCGAAGACGAUUUGAUAGAUGAUGUGCCUUUUUCUGGUACGCUUCGGUUCGGGUUGGAUAAGGAUGCACCAUCUCGGUCUCCUAUGAAUAUGGAUUUGUAUCAAGGUCCAGCCAGCCCAGAGGUCAACCCUAUGGAGUCGGUAGUGGUACAGGGUGAUGCGCAGGUCCCAAAGGUCCAGCAAGAGAAGCCUUUAGGAGCCACUAUUCCUAUUCCUAAACUACAGUUUAAUCUUGAGCGGCAUCGGCCCAAUGGGUCUGACACCUCAUCCGUAAUCCUUGAACAGGCUUGGAUUAUGAAGAUGGCUGGUGAAAUUGCUCGUCGGGUUUACGACGAGAAACAACGAAAUGAGAAUUUCUGGGCGGAGCGUGACGACACCCCGCCCCCGGCUUACGAAGCGACAUAAUAGAAUGCACGACAUUACAGCAGGAUCGAUCAUUUCCAAGAUUUCCGUUUGUCUAUACAGCUAGACUGUAAAUAUGGGA